GAACCCACUGGGUAUCGCGUGGAUUCACAUGGCAACCCAAAGUCUUCGAUGUUUGGUAUAGCGCCAUAGGCGGGAAGAGGUCAUUGUCAUGGCACAAGAUCUUCGACCGGGACGGAAAAAGGCGAUGGUGUUAGAGGAUGCCGAGUUGCGUUCUUUGCGCAUCCCGUCAACGGCACAUCGCGGGUCGCUGUCGCCUUCAAAACAUUCGUAUUUGCCUACUCUGCAAGAGCAGGCGCGUGAGGAUCGGCCGCAAAGCAUCGCCAGCAGAAAAGGAGCCACUGAAGCCCCGGUGGAGGCGGAGAAAAAAGGAGGUCAUGCCUUGCCUGAGACACAUGUGCUCACAGACCUCUCUGCAGACGUACUGGAGAAUGUCAAGGCAGAAUUCGUCGAGAAUGGCGGUGCGUUGAACGGCGAGCAGUUUGUUCGGGCGAUGUUGAGGAAUCUGGAUGGUGGGAGCGGCAAAUCCCAAGUGUCAACAACACAGGAGAGUGCCUCGCCCAUGCGGAGUGCGUCAAUACGAGCAGCUGCAGUGAUGGACUUAUUUUCCCACGUGGAUGUUCACGGAGAAAGCUCUGUGACUUGGGAAGAUGUGUCCAAUUAUUUCAUCGAGCAAGGGAUGUCAGGUGGUGACGAGUUCACUGUUGACAGCAUAAAGACCUAUGAAGUGAGUCAAGUGAAAGACGUUUCCAAACAUGAGACGCCGGUGGAGAAGUUGGUCUACUUGGAACAAAUCGAUUCCUUGGUCUGUCUGUCGCGUGGCAGUCGGAAUUUUCGCCUUUACGACCCCAAACGGUGUAUUCUGAAGGAUACCGUCCCUGGACAUCGUGGUACUGUCAUCAAUUGCUGCUAUGUAGAUGCGUGGAGUCAAAUCGCCACCACUGCAGCAGACAUGACCAUCUGCUUCUGGGAUUCCCAUCUUCAGCUUCGGAAUCGCCUGGCAGCAAAGGAUGUGCAGCUGUGUCUGCAGUGGGACAGUGUUUCACGAAGUCUCUUUAGUGGUGCUAUUGAUGGCACCCUGAGCCGAUGGGAUUCUUGGCUCCAACAGACAGGCUACAACAUGUUGCCACCAGAUUACUAG